AUGACGGUGACGGUCGGGGUGACGCUGCCGCGGCUCGACGCGGCCGUCGUCGUGCCUGGCUUCCUCUCCGGCGCCUCUGACUUUAGAGAGAUGGCCGAUUCGCUCAGCGCACGCGGCAUCCGGACAGCAGUCGUCCCCAUGGCAGCUUGGCACUGGCUGCCGUGCCUCGGAGGUCGCUCCAUGCGUCCUAUCCUCGAGAGGAUCGACCACACUCCGCGUGGACACUUCCCCGAGGCGGGGGCCGCACGCGGUCGCGUUGCUCUCAUUGGCCACUCUGCCGGCGGGUGGAUCUCGCGCGUUUACCUC